GGUAUGCAAGAUACGUUACCGAUAUUGCAACAAAUACGUGUUUAGUGUUUAACACAAAUACAAUAGCGAGUUGCAUUAAAAUGUUGCGCAAAUUUUCGUCACUUUUUGUUAGUAGAUGCGGAGCAUAUUGUUUACCGACGCAAAUAGAACACAUCACAUCCACUGUGAAUGCACCAUUUAUGGUUCAUCAACAAAGAGCUGUUAAAGUGUAUACGAAAACCGGAGAUAAGGGGACCACUAGUCUAUUUACAGGGGAGAGAAGAACCAAAUUCCAUGAAGUUUUCGAUGCUCUUGGAGAUGUAGAUGAGUUAAACUCAAAUAUAGGACUAGCGCGACAACAUUUAGUAGAAUCACCUAAACAUGUGGAACUAAACGACAUUUCGAAAUUUCUUGAAAGAAUUCAAUGCACACUGCUUGACAUUGGGUCUUGUGUUGCUACACCACCAAACACUGCAACUGAAAAGCAGUUACAACGUACAGAGUUUGACAGCAAGUUAGUUGAAGAACUAGAAGAAUGGAUUGAUCAUUAUUGGACAGCAUUACCGGAGCUGAAAAACUUUAUUCUUCCUUCUGGAGGCAAAUCAAGCUGUUCACUUCAUGUCUCACGAAGUGUCUGUCGACGAGCAGAGCGUAAAGUAUCAGUUUUGUUUCAUAAAGAUGAGGUCAGUGCUGAUGUUGCAAAGUAUGUUAAUCGACUCAGUGAUCUUUUAUUUACUUUAGCAAGAUAUGUGGCAUUUGUUGAAGGUAAUGAAGAAAUAAUAUAUAAAAAGCCAAAAUAGCACUGACAUUUUUGGGGGUUUUGUAGUUUUGAACAACUUUUUAACACUGUUUGCUUGGUUUAUUUAUUUGGGUUGAAAUAUUUUCGAGUGCAGAUAUUUUUUUGAAUAUGCUUAUUGCUUACUAAACUCUUUUUGCUUGGUUUAUUUAUUCAGAUUGAAAUAUAUCAAUGUAGUUUUAACUUGUAAUAUCAUCAAAUAAAAUCAUAUUACUCCUUAUCCGAUUUAUUUGAUUUGGGGUGAAUAUUUCAUUGAUUUCUUUUUUAAAAGUAUUACAACAUAAAGUCUCAUUCUAU